CGCCUGCGCACUGCGCCCCCUCGGCCACGCCGCCGCCAUGUCGCCGCGGGGCAGCCGCCGCACGGGCGCGCACCGGGCGCACUCGGAGGCGCGGCGGGCCAAGACCAAGCGGCGCCGCCGGGACCUGGACGAGAUCCACGCGGACCUGGAGCCCGGCCGGGCCGCCCGGCUGCUGCGCCAGGAGCCCGACCCCGACCUGCCGGGCUGCGCCCAGUUCUACUGCCUGCACUGCGCGCGCUACUUCGUGGACCUGACCAGCAUGAAGGAGCACUUCAGGUCCAAGGUGCACAAGAAGAGGCUGAAGCAGCUGAGCGAGGAGCCCUACACGCAGGAGGAGGCUGAGCGCGCCGCGGGGAUGGGCUCCUACAUCCCCCCGAAGAAGGUCCACGUGCAGACCCAGCCGCUGGACGAAGCGGUCGAGAUGGAGGCGUCCAGCUGAGCCCGAGGGGCCGGGCUGCUCCCUUCGCAGGUGCCUUUGUCACGGUGCCACUGAAAGGACGUCUUUGUCCCCAGCUCCAUGAGAAAACCACGCUCCAUCGCAGCUGACCAGCAAGCAGGCACAGCGCUCCUCCUCGCUGGGCACUAACGAGGAGAAGGAGCCAGCAAGACCCCGCGUGCCCCUGCAGGGGCGGGCUGUGUGUGUCCUCGUUCUGGCGACAGGACAAGCAGCUCCUUGCUGCAAACGCUGGCAUGACUGUGCGCUCGUCUCUUGGCUUUUGGAGCGGUUUUUAGGUCUCUCCUUGGGUCAGAGACCCCGUUAGUCACCCAUUAAAAUAUGUCACCCAA